AUGUCAGGCGUUCAGUGCAUCAAUGCUUCUCGGAUCGAGCAGAAGAGCGUUUGUUUCUAUCCAUCAACGGCUUCAGGGAAAUCAGAAGUAGUCCAACACUUGGUGUGCAAUUCGAACAAGGGUCAGUUCUGUUGCCCGACGUCGGUUAGUGGCAUCUCUUACACCUGCGGAGCAGCGUAUCUGAAGUGCAAGUGCAUCGAUCCGAGACAACAAAUGUUGCGCUAUCAGAGUUACCCAGAUAUGGAGAUGUCGAAUAUGCCUGGCAAUGGAGGGAUUCCUUACGCUCAGCCCUACUAUGGUCAACCCUACGCCAACGGUGCUCCGCCAUCGUAUGGGCAGGUUGUGGGAGCGCCGAUGUAUCAGAAUUCCGGGAUGUCGGCUGGGACUGCUGGAAUGUUGGGGGUCGGUGCAGGAAUGCUCGGUGGGAUGAUGAUAGGGAAUGCCAUGGCUUCGCACGAUCACUAUGGACACCAUGGCAUUCAGCCAAACAUGAAUGCUCAGCCACCUGCUGAGGUCAAUGGAGAUGCGGGUUUCGACGCCGGUGGCGACAUCGGCGGCGACUUUUAA